AUGCAUCAGAUCUUCCCAAACACUAAAUCCCCCCUCAUCGCCAACGCGCCCAUGCACGGCUUUGCAGAUAGUCGUCUAGCCAGCGCCGUUUCAUCUGCCGGGGGCUACGGAUUCAUAGCCGGCGGCAUCGACUUCAGAACGGGGUCUCCACAUCUCGAACAACUGCAAGCGGAGCUCAACACAACUCGAUCCCUCCUCGGGAUCGCAACCCCCGAGGAAAAGCUCCCCAUAGGUGUAGGCUGUCUCAUGCUCCAGCCAGAAGGCCUAAUCGACAAUGUACUUCCGAUCCUAUGUGCGGCUCGGGUAACUGGGAUCUGGCUUGCAUUUCCGAACAAUGGAUCUGAUCAUGGGCCUAUCAUCACGGCUGUGCAUCAGCUCAGAGAGAAGGAGAAUUGGGAUGUGAAAGUGUUUGUGCAGGUUGGGACGGUCCAGGCUGCGAGGGAGGCGAUCGAUUAUGGGGCGGAUGUACUGGUCGUCCAGGGGUCGGAUGCGGGUGGGCAUCAGUGGGCGCAGGGGGCGAGUUUGAUUGCGCUACUCCCGGAGGUUAGGGGACUACUUCGCGAGAUGGGUAAGACGGGAGAGGUGCAUCUGUUGGCUGCGGGUGGGAUUGUUGAUGCGAGGGGGAUGGUUGCGGCUAUGGCGUUAGGUCCGGAUAUCGCAAAAGAAAAGAUCGUGUCCACUACUGACGGCACCACAACGACAAUUAAAUCACGGAAGCACGAUGUGUUCAAUUCGACCGACGUCUGGCCUAGCCAAUAUGAUGGCAGGGCCAUCAUCGGUCGCAGCUACGAGGAUUUUCAAAGCGGCGUUACAGAUGAAGAAAUCCUCAAACGACACAGCAACGCCAGAGAAAAGGGAGAAGAUGACAGAACCAUUAUAUGGGCGGGCACUGGAAUUGGGUCCAUCAAGGAGGUGACGACUGUUAAGCAGCUUUUGAACGAUGCUCGAUCGGGAGUCCGAUCCAUCGUGGCACAGAUGAACAAUGCUUUUAGACAGGAUGAGGAAGACUGA